AUGGACAGCAAUGUUGGUGUGUUUGCUGUUGGGAAAACUGGUGGGGGCACUGGGAAGCUACGGGCACUGAUUUCUGGAGUUCACAGCUUAACUACAGUCAGUCAAGUAUCAGUGAAAGCUGGAGAAUCUAUCUCCAUCCCAUGUCUUUAUGACUCCCAGUACGAAAAUUAUCUCAAAUAUCUGUGUAAAGGAUACUAUUAUCGAGAAUGCACAUAUGCAGUAAACACAAACCAGCCAGAAGCUAUAAAUGUAAAGUAUAAAACUAGUAACAACUUACUACUUGUUCUCCAUCAAGGUUCACCCAGUUUCUAUGUGGAUCAUCAGGAUAUUACAGGGUUUAAUGGAGGAAACAUCACCAUCAAGUUUUACAGUACACAAACUGGUAAAAUAAAGUGGUGCAAGUUGGGCAGCGAGUGUGUAACACAGCCAACUGGAUCAAUAGAUGGAACAAGAGUGAGCAUUAAUGAAAGUGCCCACAAAGUUUUCACUGUCACCAUGAGUCGAGUGACCACAAAGAGCAGCGGCUGGUACUUAUGUUAUAAAGGAGACCUCCAGGUGCCAGUGCAUUUAACUGUGAAUGAAACUUUCACACCCAGUAAGUACAACAACUCUGAACCUGAAAUAUGCUUGUAUGAAUAUUCCCCAUGCAUCAUGAUUAGCAAUGCUUUGAUAUGAUAUUAGAAAAUGUUAUUCAAUUCGUUCUUGCUCGUAGCCUCAGUCAUUCCUCAUUGAAUCUCACAGUUUUUCUUUGUAUAUUGAUUCAUUGUCUUUCCCAGAUAAAACAAGUACUAAAGAUCAGGAUGAACAACCAAGGUCAAAAGGACUGCACUGACAUGCACUAGCUAUACAACUGUGGUUACACGCUAUGUAUUUAUUGCCAUUAUGUGAAAACUUUGACCUAUGGAAAUGAUAAUUGUUUGU